AUGGCAGGAUCAUCCCACGAAGUACAGCCGUCGGCGGCCAAGGAAAGCAAGGUCAAGGGGCCAAUUGUGCUGCCCUCGCACCAGCUGCCGGAGCGAUUCUACAAGGGAGGACCGCGCAUCUCGACGUUCCGUGGCGAGGCGUCCAAGAGCGAUCGCGAGCCGGAAGACUGGGUGGCCUCGACGACGUGCUGUGCUGGCUACGACACUCUGGGACUGACGCGUCUUCCGACCACCAACACGCUUCUCGCCGACGAGAUCCGCAACGACCCGGCUGCAUGGCUGGGCGCAGAGCAUGUCGCCAAGUAUGGAGCGGACACCAAGCUGUUGAUCAAGCUGCUGGAUGCGGGGCAGCGACUGCCCAUCCAUGCGCAUCCCCACGUCGACUGGGCACGCGUGCACGUGAAGCGCAACCACGGCAAGGCGGAGGCCUGGCACAUCCUCGCACCAGGCCGUGUCUACCUCGGCCUCAAGCAGGCGGUUUCGGCAGAGCGCAUGCUGGAGCUGGUCGACAAGCAGGAGAUCGAAACGAUGCUCGCAAUGAUGUACGAGGUGGAUGUCGAGGCGGGAGACACCGUCUAUGUUCCGCCCGGCCUGCUGCACGCCAUCGGAGAGGGCAUCCUGCUGGUCGAGGUGCAGGAGCCUGAAGACAUGUCCAUCCUGCUCGAGUGGCGCGACUUUGAGCUCGACGGACAGGCAGAUGGACACCUCGGCCUCGGAUUCGAAAAGGCCAUGACUGCCGUCACUGUGGAUGGCCUCUCGGAAGAGCAGGUGUCGGAGCUGGUGGUGCGAUCCAAGGGCCGAGCCUCGACCAACCUGCUGCCUACAGAGGCACUUGAGUACUUCCGCAUGGACAAGAUCGACAGCAACGCUACAGUCGAGCCUAGCUUUCAGCUUGCCGUCGUCCUUCAAGGGCAGGUCGAGGCUAGUGUCCAAGGCAGCUCACCCACUGUCCUUCGCGCGGGGACCACUACGCUCUUCCGACACGCCGAUGGUCCCCGGACCGGAGGUGAAGGUGAGGUUCAGGGUCGUACAGGCAAAGCGCACGGCCACUGUCUCGGUAUCGACAACAUCCUUCGGCCCCAAGUGCGACCAUACACCAGCGCAGUCGCAACAAUGCCAGCUCGAGAGGAGGACCUGCUGAUCCUGUCGGUGCAGCCAGGCAUCAAGAUCGUCGGCAUCCUGCAGCGCAAGAACAUCGAGGCGUCCACCUCGUCGCAACGCCGCCCCAUCGCGCUCAUCCUGCACGGCCUGCUGGCGCACAAGAACCAGUGCUACCAUCGUGCGCUCGCCGAUGCGCUGUCCAUCGACUCGUUGCGCUUCGAUUUUCGCGGCAACGGCGACUCGCACGGCGACUGGACGCUGGGCAGCCUCGACAACGAUGUGACCGACCUGGCGACGGUCGUGCGCCACCUCCAUCAUCAGCUGGGCUACAAGAUCGAGCUUAUCGUGGCGCACUCGCGCGGAUCCAUGGUCUCGUGGAUGUACCUCUCGCGCGGGCCAGAGGUGCUUCGUGCAGAUAUGGGCAGCGCUGGCGUUCCCAACCUUGCCGUCGUCUCGGGUAGGUGGUUCAUGGACGGAGUGCUCGAGACGUACGCACGCUUCCAGGAGGGUUUCAAAACGGACGGCUUCUAUCGCUGGAAGUUUACGAGUGCAGGCAAGAAGCGAGAACACAUCGUAUACCCCAAGGACCUCGAGGACAUGGCGGCGAUCAAGGAGCCCAGAGACUACGUCGCCCGCGUGUCGCCAGACACACAAGUCCUCAUCCUUCACGGCACGGCAGACCAGAUUGUGCCGGAGCGCGAUGCACACACGUAUCUCGCCGCGCUCGACUCGAAUCCUGCGCGCACACCGGGCUCGCACCAGCUUCAUCUCAUCCAGGGCGCCGACCACAUGUACAGAGGUGCCACGCAGCCCGUCGUCGAGCGCAUCUGCAGCUGCGCGACCAUGCCUCGCAACACCUCCGCCGCGUGCCUGCUCUUUGUGCGCAUCUGCCAGCUGCGAGUCGAUGGCAAGAACGUGGGCGAUCUCGUGGACCGCAUCCAGACGCUCUCGCUCGAGUACCAGCAAGCCUCGGGCAGCGCUGUGGACGACGAUGCGCUCAUGGCCAUCCUCAUCAACCAAGCCAUGCCCAUCCCCGAGUACCACCUCGUCGUCAAGGAGCUCACCGAGUCUGGCCGUCUGACCGACUACUACACGCUCGCCUCUGCGCUCCAGAACCGCUGGAAGCAGAUCCGUUGA